GCUCGGCCGAAAUAGCUGCAGCGUGGUGUAUAUAGCGAUCCUUGUCAUCGAAUAGAUUCUUUGAUGGCCCCCAAGGAGUCUAUACUAUUUUCUGAAAGCCCAUCAUGUCGAUGAAAGCAGUCGUUUUCCGUGGCCCGUACGAUGUUGGCGUCGAGACGAGGCCCAGGCCUACGAUUCGGGAUCCAACGGAUGCUAUAAUCCGCGUCAGGCUUGCUGGAAUAUGUGGGAGUGAAUUACACAUGUACCGAGGCGUCCAGAAGACUGCGGCUGGUCACAUUAUGGGCCAUGAGUUCAUAGGAGUCAUCGAGGAGAUAGGAUCCGACGUAAGCAGGUUCGCCGUUGGUGACGAAGUUGUCUCCUUAUUCUCUCCCGUCUGUCUAAAAUGCUGGUACUGCAAGCAAGGCCUCACCAACAGAUGCAUCGAAGGAGUCGCAUUUGGCACGCAGAAGCUCGAUGGCGGACAGGCCGAGUUUGUCAGAGUGCCCUUUGCAGAUGGCACCCUCCACCUUGUUCCUCCAGAGCUGGACGAGUCUCUCCUCAUCAUGAUGUGUGACAUCUUUCCAACAGGGUAUUACGGAGCGUCUCGUGCUGUGGAGGGCUUGCUCACCCAGCACCAGUCGCCGCUGACCAGCCUCCGUGAUUCCCGUCCUGUCAAGGUAAGCUUGAAAGGUCAGAAUGGCUAUACAAAUGGCACAAAUGGCCUCACCAACGGUCAGACGAAUCAUAUCACAAACGGAGAUGCGCCCUUUGAUCCAUUAGGGUCAUCGGUGGUGGUCUGUCUCGGCUGUGGCCCUGUUGGGAUUUGUGCCAUCACCACAGCCCUAUCAAAAGACAUCAAGACGGUCUUGGCAGUCGACAGCGUGGAGGACCGUCUUGCCGAAGCAGCUCAAGUCGGAGCAAUUCCUCUGAAUCUCUCGAGGCAUAACAUUCUGGAAGAAGUCAUGUCUCGGACUCAGGGACGCGGAGCAGAUGCCGUAAUCGAAGUAGUGGGCAAUCCGGCCGCUCUCAAAUCUGCUUUUGAGCUGCUACGUCCGUGUGGAAUAUUAUCUUCAGUUGGCUUUCAUCAGGACGAACUACCAUUUACAGGCCUGGAAUGCUAUCUGAAGAAUAUUACGAUGAACUUUGGCCGAGUUCCGGUGGGAACCGUCUUUACGGAUGCCCUUGAAUGUCUAAAGCAAAACCAAGGAGCACUGAAGAAUUAUGUUACGCAUGAACUAUCACUAGACGAAGCAGCUACCGGCUUCGACUUGUUUGAGAAGAGGGUGGCCAGAAAGGUGGUGCUUCGAGUUUAGCGAGCUACUGCAAAUGAGAGCCGGCCUGAAUAUACAAGAAUUUGAUUGAC